AUGCGCCGCAGCUUGGACUGCCCAGCAGCUCAAAUGCAUCACCCGUCACGGCUGGAAUCGUUCAGGUCCAUCGAGCUUGCGGCUCGCUCGCUUCUAGACAAUUUAGGGGUGGAUCCUUUCGGCGCGAGCUCGCAAGAGCAAGAAGGUCGACAGCCGCCCCCAAUUCGGACCGCAUCGCACGCGGACCUGCUCAGGAGAAUCCCUCUCGAACCCAUGUCCCUCACGUCAGAUACUCGUCGGGCUCUGCAAACUCAGUUUGUGGAGCAGUGUGAUUCUUGGGCCAGCUUUCUAGUAUCGCGGUAUUCGAAAAUUCAUCGUCAGUUGACUUUGCUGCCAACCUCAGACGCAUCUUGGGAGCUAUCACUGCAUUCUGCAUACACACGAGUGUACAUCAGCGGAUUGUCCACCUUACACGAUGCGGUCAUCACAUGUGUCAAGAGCAGCAUCGAUCGAUUCAAUGAAGACAUCUUCAAUGCUGCUUCGGUAGAGGACAUCGCAGAUCGCGCCGAUUCCGGUGCAGCAGUAGGACCUUCGCACGGUCACUCUAGUUCUGCCACGGCGAUAUUGGAGAAGGCUUUUGAACGAGCACACUCCAUUACAAUGGCUGAGAAGCAUCGCCUAGCGGCAGCGACUGGCCUCGAGCCACGCCAGGUGACAAUUUGGGUGAGUCGGCUAGCCUUCAGAUUUGAGCGAGGAGGAUGAAUCCGUCGUGGAAGGCGCACGCAAUCGCCUGCAGGCAUCGCCUUUGAGCGCACGCGCUAUAUUAAGGUACAUUAAGGGAGGACAGAUGGGGUCAUCCAGCAGCACGAGAAACGCGUUCACGACCGUUGCAACCUGGAAAUACGUUGGCUUUCAUCUGACCCCGUUCGAUUGCACCAUGGCUAACGGAAUUCCUAUUCUGCAACCAAUGAUUGCAACAUGCCAGUUUCAGAAUCGCCGUAACCGCAAAACGAAGCAAGGCAUCCACAAGUAUCACGCACGUGGAGAUGUGGCAGAACCAGUCAAGCUAGAACCUGAAUUCGAGCAUGACUCCAAUUCACGCCGCGUCACUUCUGCGUCGCUCUCGACUAAGCGGAAAGGCAAUGCGCUUCAUGAAGAGCGGCUUUUGCCACCGCAAUUGCAUGCAAAGCGACAACGGCUGCCAGACGGAAGCAUACUGAGGAUUCUUAGCACCGGCAGCGACGACUCAAGCGUGGCGGAUAGCCUUCGAUCUUGGGACGCAGACAGCAUCGCUCCUCAACAAAGAUUUCCUUCCGGUGCCUCGAGCUUAGGUACUACUGUCGACAAUUGCAGCGGCCCUAGUACACCUUCCGACUGUUGGAGGAAUGACCAUUCGCCAACACAUAAGGACAGUCACCGCGUGAAUUCAGCAAGCUGUACCCUAUCGCCGCCUAUUGAGCAGCUUCCAUUGCACGCCGUCUCCGUUCAGGCCUUCGAACGAAACUACCCUGAGCUUAGCAGUGGCACGUAUUCGAUGCAAAUUUCUCAUCACAGCGCCGACAGAUUGCAGACUGGGGACGCUCUGCUCUUCGACGCGUACGGAAACGCUCAAUUGGAAUGGGACGACUUAUGUUUAGAUUCCCAUCUCUCCGCUGCUUUCAGUGCUUCCGAGAGUGCGCUUCUUUCCCAACUUUCGACAUUCCAUGGUGACUAUUACGAAUGCUCUGCAGCACCCAUCUCUUCGAGCGCAACAACGCCGGCAAAGGUUGCUUCUGACCUCGCGAUCGACCCAUCCACACACGCAGUGGGCGCUGCCAUCGUGGAGUGGCCCAGCGCACCCGAGAUUACGUCGCAAAUGGCCAUGGGUCUCAGUAUUGAGUCAACAAGAGACAUGUUUGUCGCGAUGGAGGAUUUAAACGACAUGGACACCAGCGAGGACGCCAAACCAGAGAUGGCUCUCUCGCUGCCCAUGCCCAGCGGCAUCUUGGUCAAGAACGGUAGCAGUUCUGGUGCCAUUCAGCUCACGCCAGAAUCAUUCGCAUCUUUGGAGAGUUGGACUCAUGAUGCGUCAUCGCUGGAAUAUGUCGUCGAUCAAUGGAGCAAGCAACUAGCGGAGCAGCGGGGAAACCCGCCGUUGGGAUCCGUGGACACAAAUACACCGAGGACUGGUCAUGUUCAAGCAGAGAAGAUUGCACAUAGCCAGCAGUCACAGGCCGCGCAUCGCUCUUCCGAUGUGCUGAUGACAUAG